UUUUUUUCUUCUAGAACGAGUUGUGUACAUUGGAACCUGGGAUGGAUAUUAUCCCCAGAACACCAGCCCAUGGACAAUACAAUCAUCUCAAUAAUCUUGUCCAUCAUCACAACUUUCAUCACCAUACCGAUCAAACCAAAUCGCUUCAGGAGCUGCAGAAUGAGGUCGGAGCUUUACUGGAAUUUCGCGAUUUGGUUAUCGAAACCUUUCCUGAUCUCAAACAUAAAAUGGCAUCGUCGGGCGCAAACAGUACAAUUACCGGUCUUCAAUCGUCAUCGAUAGUUUCCAGACGAGAAUGGGAACCUGGAAUUCGUGUAAGACGUAAACUUAAUAACAAUUUAAGUAAAGAUGGAAGCAGUAAUGCCAGUGGUACUGGCGAAAUUCAAUCUUCAUCUUUGCUUAUAAGAAGUCGUAGCAACUCCCACAGUGGCAAAAAGGAACCAAAGAGUGGUGGCGAAGGCAAUGGAAGUGUCAUACAAGAUUCAGGUUUUUCAACUGAAACCAGCUCUUCGAAAGAAGCUCACAGCGCCUCAUCAACUGCUGGUUCAGCGGGAGCUCAAGGCAAUAACAUUUCAAGUGCACUAACUGCCCGCUUAAGUUCCGAUUCAAGUAACGAUAAUGAGUUGUGGAAUCUUCUCGAUGUGAUACAUAGACGAACAUCACGACUUGCUGAUGAAAUUGAUAAUUAUCAAAAGUUCAGCAAUCGUAAUGUUAAUGGUCAAGCAACGUCAGCUCAAGCAGGCACGUCAUCAUUCCAAAGUCAGUUAAAUUUCAUGAGUAAGGAAGAUGUGCAAAAUCUGCGAAAAGAGCGCGAUCAUUUGAUGGAUAAAAUGGGUGAUAUGGAAGCUGAGUUUCUAGCGAGUAGAAUCAAAGAAUCGAAGCUUCAUGAGCAGCUGCAGGAGUUGCAACAGACAAAAGUUGAGCUUGAAGACCAGCUGAAAUUAGCGAUGAGUCAAAAGCUUGAACUGAGUCGAAUGAACGACCUUCAAGAUUGUGCCAGUAAUCAAUUAAUUUCACCCGACACAUCAAAGAGUCGCUUCACAAGUAACGACACACUUACGUCGUCAUCGAUCAUCAAAAAUCGUCCAAACUCAACUUUCCAACCCAUUCCAAUUAAGCCACAAAAACUUCUUAAAGCGUCCAAUGCCGAUGAUUCAGCAAUAUCAUCGACGCCAAAUAAUUCAAAGCAACUUAAAGACGAGCUUAAUCAACUUGGUCGACUCGACGGGCUGAUAAGCAACCCUAAUAGUAAAUUGAAUAAAGUUCGUGUGCCUGAUUCAAAGAAAAUUGCUGCCAUACUACUGGAAACAAACAUCGUAGAGUUACAACGGCAUCUGUUGACAAUCACAGUACAAAAUCAGGUGCUACAGCAACGAUUAGAGCAGGCAACGAAAUCAAAGAUUUACUUAAUCAAGAAACUCGACAAAUCGAAAGAAGACGUUGAGGAUUUAAAGUUUCAAAUUGAAGAACGAAAUAUCGAACUUGAAGGCACUCGAGCUCAACUUCGCGUGAUGGAAUCAAAGCUCGCUAAUCGUUCUGAUUUAAGUCCCGAUCAUCAGUCAUCAAGCAAUGUAAAUUCAACAAAAUUAUCCUCACAUGAUGGCAUCACCAUCAUGCAUACGUCAACACCAAAUCGACUUCCACAUUCACAUUCGCAAACAAUCUCAACUCCUAGUAUGAAGGCGAUGGUACCAUUGGCAAUGGAUGAAGCUUUUCAAAAUAGCAGUUCGACAGAGUCAGCUCAUGAUCAACAAGAAAGAGAACUCGCAUUGUCAAAAUGUCCAGAAACACCGAAAAGAAGUAAACCAAGCAAAAUUCCAUUGCCAGGUACGAAAGGAUUUAUUGCGAAACCUCCAAGUGGACGACCACCGAUAAAUGGUCCACCAUCCAAUAAAAGUCUAACAAAAUCCACCAGCAGUCUUUACAAUGGACAGAAGUCAAGCGGCCCUUCAUCCAUCACUAAGAAGGACACAAGCUUAACACGUCCCGAUUCCGUCCAAAGUUGGCGUAACAUGUCACUUGAAGGUAAAAAUCGAAGUUCAUCAAUUCCCAUUUCAAACAAGCCAAUCAUCAAUGUGGCAUCGUCAUCUUCAAAUGUCAACUCAUCACCAAAUGCUGCUUCAUAUGGAACGACAAUUGUCAAUGUUUCUCCGUCAACAACAUCAGUGAAUGUAAACAACAAGUAUGUGACGUCGUCACCUGUUCCUCGUCACAAACGCGAUUCAUUAACAACGAAAGUGAAGAACUUAGAUUCACUUUCGCGUCUUCAGUCGUCAUCGACUGGUGCACUGAUGGCCACAUCAAGUGGUGUCAUUGUGACGCGUUCACCAACAUCUCCGAAUGCGGUAACAAAUAAUGGCACCAAUAAUAGAAAGUUCACUGCACUUCCGGUUCGUCGUAUGUCGAAUGUUUCAGUUGGUCGUGAGAAUGAUAUUCACGAUAAUAGUUCAAGUGGUGAGACGAAUGGUGGGAAGGCUUUCCGAAAAACCCCAAACCCUUUCGCAAUGCAAUCAAAUGUAAUCAAAAAAUCGUGGACAACACCAAACAUCAGAAAAACAGUCGCAGAUGACACACGUCAAUUCAUGGAAGCGUCAACACCAUUUCAGUCUCACAACUUAAUUCGUGAAUAUUUGCUGAAGACGCGCGUGCCGGAAAUUCUAAAACUUCAGCAAAACCGACGACCUUCGCCAACAUUUGUAACAUCCGCAAUGACAUCAGACAUGAAUAUUGCUUACAAGCAUCCGUUGGUGAUUGCUGAAGAAUUGCGAAAUGGCGGUGGUGAAGCUUUGGCUAUUGAUAAUUCUUCGAUCAUCGUUCCAAAGCCAAUUAGACAAGUCAAAAAGAAAACAAAUCAUGACGAACGUCCACAUUUGAUUGGAAAGGUUAACCCAAUGAUCGCUAGAACAUGGGAACAGUUAUCCAAUCAAAUGGAUCUAUCAAGUGAAAGCAAUUUAGAAGAUAAUGAUGAAGAUGAUAAGCAAAGCUACGUUCUCUUUGUGAGAAAGCCGUUUAAUUUUCUAUCCCAAGACGAUGAUAAUUUUUCCGUCAAUAAAAUACAACAUGACGCAAGCGAAAUAUUCUUCGACAGCAUUGAUAAUGAUGAAGAAGAAGAUGAAGACGAAGAAAGUUGCCCUGAAGGUGGCGAAACAAUGGCGGAAGAAUUGGAUUCGUUGGAGAUCCACUGCAAUAACAUUUUGCGGUGUACAACACGAAAGGACUUGUCAUCUAGUGCAGCUAUUAGUGACAUAAGCGAAAAUAGUUUUUAUUUUCAAAGCAAUUUAAGCUCAGAUACUCUCCUCGAAAUCAUGACCGAGCUAUAUGAAGAUGAUUCGCUAGUAAAAGUUCGUGCACAGGUGAUGACACGUGACGAAAGUACCGAAGGUUGGCUUCCACUGCAAGGUGGUGGACUUGCAAAUGUCUCGAUACGUAAGCGUGCUCGUAUGCCCGACGUUGGAGGACAUGAAUACAUCAUUUAUGGUCAACGAAUAUCAGACCAAACGGUCAUCCUGAGUUGCGUCAUCAAUCGCGAUCUUCAGUACUAUAAAGUUAUGCCAACAUUUCAUCAUUGGCGUGCUGGGAAACAACGAAACGGUCUUACAUUUCAAACGGCAGCUGACGCAAGAGCUUUUGACAAGGGAAUCAUCAAAGCAUAUGACGAUCUUAUAGACGAAAUUAUGAUGAACAAUUUCGAUAUUAUUCAAUUUCCAGGACUUUCACAAAAAACAAAUUGGCAUAAACACUCGACAUCAACACAUACCGACUUGUACAAUUACGAUGACACUCAAGUUGGAGAAGAUGAUGUUUUUAUGACACUCGACUUACCCAUUGAAACAUCGGAAUCAAAAUCGAGUUCUGAAGGAACUGGAAGCAAUCAAAGCGUCGAGAAACAACCAUCAUCACUUCAACAACCAGCAAAGAAACUCAACAUUCAGUACAUAUCGUGUGAGCUCGCACCAAAUAAUUCCAACAAUAACGAUUCCAACAGCCAGCAUCAACUUGCACCUGUCACACAGCCAUCAGUAAUACCAGCCGAUAAUUACUCUUAUGUGCAAUUGACAGCUGUUCAUGAUUAUAACUACCCGGUUGCUGAAGAUCCAAUCACUUCCGUAUUAAGACGAGACUCAACUUGCAGUUUGAAGAAGCGAACAGCACUUGAAGUUCCAGAAUCGAUUAUUAAAGAAAAUGCUAUGAUCAAAGCUCGACUGCGUUGUCGAUAUUGCCAAGAAUUCUACCAAGAAGAAUGGAAUCGAAGAGGUUCGUGUGCAUUCGCGCCAGAUUGCAUAAAAAGUGGAAUUGACACGAUUUCAGGGAUGAUUUGUGCUCGCUGUAUGUUGUAUCAUUGCAUGAGCGACUCUGAAGGCGAACUUAUAAAUCAUCCUUGCUCGUGUAGCAGCAAUGCAGCCGAAGAAGUCAGUUGCACAAAGCGUUGGAUUGGUUUGGCGCUUUUGUCAUUGCUUGUUCCAUGUCUUUGGUGUUACCCACCGCUGAAAGCUUGUCACAUGAUUGGAAUUCAGUGUGGCGUAUGCGGUGGAAAGCACAAGCCACAGAUAUGACAACCAAUAAAAAUUUAUCAUCAUCCGGAUGAUGAGCCAUUGCGGAAGAACCACAAAUCGAAGCAACAGGCUCGUGUUCACUUUCAACAACCAUUACCGAAUCUUUACGAUCGUAACUUCCAUAAUUCAGCAUUCAACAACAACUAUCAGCAUUUGCAACACUCAAACACAACGACCCAGCCAGAACUUAAUAACUGCAACUUUUUCUAAACUAAAUCCGGCUGAUGAUGCAGAGAUGAAUACAAAAAAUAGAAAAGAACUAAGAAGAGUCCUUUUCGGGACAGAAAUUUCAAGAAAUUUGAUUCAUUUUGAGACGUGGAGACAUGAACAAUUUUCAUUAUUUUUAAACAUUUUAAAAAUUUUGCAUUGCUCAUUCUUCCAUCUCAAAAAUUCUUAUUUCUUGUGAAGACUUAAGUCGCAUGGCUUUUAAACAUUUUAAGAAUAAACUAGAAACAUCUUUAGAAACAUUCAAUUUCAAAUGAAAGAUGAAAAUCUUCUUACAAAAAAAGAGAUUUUAAAGAGGAAAAUCUAAAAAUAUUGAAGAGAAAUUAAAUAAUGAAAGAAAAAUUUUCUUAAUUCAUGAUGAAAAAUUUCAGAAAAUAGCUUUACCAUUGAGAGGCAAAUGAAAAAGAUGUCAUUAUUUUUAAAAAGAAAAUAUAACGUCAGUAGACGAUGAAGUUCAUCAGCUAGAAGCAGAUGAACAAUGAAUGAAAUUAAAAAAAUCACUUCUUUGGAUAGUUUAACAAUUUUUGUAGUUGCAUAACGAGAAAGGCGCAGUCAAGAGGCCAUAAACUUGAGAAACAAUAGAACACACUGUCAGUCGUUUAUUGAUGCAUAAAAAUAAAACUAAAAAGAUUUUAAACAGUUCUCAGAGACCACCAUCAAACUUUUAAGAUGAAGAUGAAGAAGAAAAAAAAGUUUAAAGUAAAAAUGAUAAAUAUUUCUAAUUAAUCUCAUUAUAUGUGUAUGGCUAGUAAAUAAUAUUAAUAAUAAUCGCGAUAAUCGUGUGUCAACGUUGGAUGGCAACUUUCUGGGGACUUUUGUUUAACAGGGGCUUAGUCUUUUUAGUCAAAUUUUUGUACGAAUAUCAAAACACGACUGAACAGCAUUCAACAUUACAAAUCAGAUAAAUAUUUGUAGGUCAGAAUCACAUCUUUUUUCAUUCCCUUAUAAGAUGACAAAAAGAAAUCCGAUAAAGCGAAAAUUUAUUGUUGAGCGAUAAGUUUGAUAAGAAAUUCAUUGAAAGGAAGUUAAAGAAAAUUUAUGAAACGACGAAACUUCAUCAGUUAAAGUUCAGUAAAUGAAAAAUAUAUUAAAUGUUUUCUGACGACAUAAAAAAAGAUUAAAGAAACCGAAAAGAAGGUGAAAAAUAUUUAAUUUUAAAAAUUAAAUUCUAUUUAUAUUAUUGACAACAAAAAAAAGAAAAAAAUCGUGAAGAGGAUAAAAAGAAAGGAAGAAAAACUACAUAAAAGAAGAAAAUUAUAUAGUACAUGUAAAAAAUUAUUAAUUAAAGAUAUUUAAAUGUAAAUUAAAGUUUUUUUCAUUCGAUUUUUCAUUUUUCAGA